AUGCAGCUCGUGGAGAUUGAUGAUGGCGAGACAGAGGACAUGUUCUAUUCUUUGAACACGGCAUGGCAGUUGGAGGCUCUCUCUGAGGACGACCAACACUUGUACGAAUUUGGUUCGGCAUCUCAUGGCGCACUCGGCCUCCCCAAUGCUUUCCACAGGCCUGCCCAGACUAACAAAGCUCAUCACCUCGCCUCUCUCGGCCAUACAUCGGCUUUCGCAGGUUCCGGUGGGUUUAGCAUUGUGGAGAGGUAUUCGAACAACCUGGGGAUCUUACAGAGAUUCGCUGCCCCGAAAGAUCUAGAACGACAUAGAGACGCCUUGCACAAGAAAAGGGAAAAUCCGAAGAAGCACACGUGCACCGACUGCGGUGAGGGAUUUACAAGAGAUGAUAAUCUCGUCCGCCACAAGAUUGAGACUUGCAAAUUUCGGGAGGAAAGGAGAUGA